AUGGUGCGCCUCAAUCUGUUGUGGGGUAAACUGCAGCAACUGCUCCGGCGGCCUUGUUUCUUUUUCUGCUUCCCACUGCCGUUACUCUGGAAGACCCGCAAAAAAGCUGUCACCGCUGACACGACGCAUGCCAUUCUCCUUGGCCGCGAGAGCGUGGAACAGAGAUGCACGGUGUUCCCAUAUGCUGGUCGCCUCUUCCUGCAGCAUGUGUUCCUCACGCGCCAGUUGUGCGCCACACCAGAUCGCGCGUUGUACCUACGCCGCCUCGUGCCUAGGCCUAGAGGCGGCAAUGCCAGAGUCAGCGGACAGCGCCAUGGUGAGGCCGAGUGCUGGCGGACAGGCAGACGGCGUCAAGCGGGUCCUCCCACUGAUGACUGCCCACGCGGACGCACACCCCCAGUGAAAAGAUACAAUACCGUUCGAUGUGUGCGGCGUGCGUAA